AUGCUGAACUUAACAGGUGUGGCCCAAGGCCAGUACGAUGUCCAAGGUUUCGUGAAAGAUGCGGUCCCGGCCAAGGAUGUUAGCGCGAAAGGUCAAGACCUACUCUUUCGUGUGGAAUACAUCAAAGGAAAACUGUAUGCCGGCAUUAAUGACCUUGGUGACGUCUACGAUGAGAUUAAAGCCCUUUUCACCAAGCAGGGUGUUGACUUCCAGAACAGCGUCCAGAACACUGGAACAAAGUUGAUGGAAACAGUGAAGGGCACCAUCGCAAAUGUCAACGUGGGAAAAAGCGAUCUUGGUCAGUAA